AUGUCUUACAACGCCCCUUCCAACACUUCCAUCGCCACCAGCGGCGCUCCUCGCGCUGCGGUCUGGAGCUUGAAGUCCUCCAACCCUGAUCUCCCUGCCGAGUCUGCCAUCUUGCCCGAUGAUGGCAGCAACGGCACUGAGUCCGUCUUCGACGAUGACAAGCGUCGUCGCGUCGAGCCUCAGAGCUUUGCUGAUGGUGGCAAGUUCCGAUCUGUCGUUAAGAUCCAGGCUUGCUUCAACAAGGGCAACGGCAGCGUCUGGAUGAUGGGCUCCGGCUGGCUCAUCAGCCCGGACACCGUCGUCACCGCCGGUCAUGUCGUCUACGACUGGGGUCACCGCCUCCAGAGCGCUACGGAAAUCAAGUGCUACAUUGGAUACUCUGGCCGCGCGUCCAUUGGCACCCCCAAUGUCCAAGCCCGUUUUGGCGAGCGUAUCAUCACCACCGCUGAGUGGAUCGAGGCUGCCGGCAACCGCAGACACGAUGUUGCCUUCAUCAAGGUCAACCGUCCCUUCACCGGAAACCUCCGAAACAUCCCGUUCAAGGAGACUCCUUUGUUCGCCAAGAACGCCAACAUUGGUGUUGUUGGAUACCCUGGUGACAAAUACCUCGAGGGCCAGAACGGACAGAGCGGAGAGAAGGGUGCCCAGAUCCCCCAGUUCCCACAAGCACAGCGCCAGGGUAUCAAGGUUCUCACUGCCAACGGCAAUGCUCGUCCCAGCAGCAACAUCAGCGCCUCCAACGGCGCGCCCAGCAACGGGCAGGUCAAGAACGGCAGCGCCCCCUAUUCCAACGGUUACGGCAACGGCAACACGUACAACGGUAACGGCAACGGAUAUUCCAAUGGUGCCUCCAACGGACACAGCAACGGCUACAACGGCUUUCGCCAGGAGAACGUGUCUUCUCCCCCGCAGCCGACCCACUACAACUCGGGCACGGGUCUUCAGGAGAGCUCGGAUGAGGAGGGCUUUCUCGAUAUCAUCAGGUCGAUCGCCAAGGUCGCCGGACCUGUCGUCUCGACUGUCACUCCUUUCCUUGGCCCCAUUGGUGGGCCCAUCGGUGCCAUCGCUGGCGGCAUCCUUUCGACUGUCGGAGGUGCCGAAAGCGCUCUCGAGGACGGCAACGCGACUGCCGCGGUCGAGACCGCGAUCAACUCGGGCGCCACUGAGCGCGCGGUGCUCGCCGAGGCGUCGCUUCAGGCCCUACUGAAGCUCGAGGAUACCCCCGAGACCGCUGAGAUUCUCCACACCAUCAACUCGAAGUACAACGCCUUCAGACCCAAGUUGGAUGCCAUCGCCAAGGUUGCUCAGCCCCAGCUCACUGAGGCCGGGCUUCACCUGGCUCAUCGCCAGAUGGCCAAGAUCCAGGAACGAGGAGCCUCUGGAUUCCAGGAAUCUGAUAUCGAGCUUCCUCGCGAGCAGCUCAGGGGGCUCCAGUACAACCAGCAGGGUUCGCAAGGAGCCUUUGUUCAGGGCCUUCUGGCACCCACUCGUCCGGUCUCGGGCGAAGAGGGUUUCUUUGACUCCCUCGGCUCCGUCUUGAGCAAGGGCAUCAGCUUCGCCAAGCCCUUCAUUGCGAGUGCCGCGCAGGGAGCACUCUCCGGCGUCAUCGGCCGUCUCGGUGGUGGCGCAGAGUCCUCCUUCGACACCCCCGCCGUCGGCUCUCACGAGUAUGCCACACUCCUCGCGUUCAAGCGUGCUGCUGCGGCAGAAGCCGCUCUGCAGACCCUCAUGGCUCUGCCCAAGGAGAAGCUCGACCGCCUUCGCGUCAGCGAGCCCCAGAACGGCGAGGAGGGCUUCUUCGACGUUAUCAAGGCCGGCGUCCAGAAGAUAGCCCCCUCCGUGUUGGACAUCGCCAAGACUGCCAUGCGCAAGGUCGUCCCCGUCAUCGUCGACGCUGCCUCCCAGAAGAUCAAGAGCGCCGUCGGACAGGAGAGCGCCAACUCGGCUCCCCGUAACAAUGUCACCAGCACUACCAGUGUCAUUCGGACCAAGAGGUCCGUCCUAGACUUGCUUACCGCGUCGGAUCAGUCCUACAAGGGAGCGAAGGUGAGCAACAGCCCCGAUGAUUCCGACCAUAUGAACGCCACCCUCGAGGAGCUCCUCAAGUCCCGUGAGAGUACAUGGGUGCCUUCGCUCCACAAGCGCAAGUCCUGGGACUCGAACGACGACGGCCUCUGCAUGAUGGACGACGAGGAUCUUUGA